AUGUCUGACUACAAGCCCACUGGUACAACUCCCUCAACUACAUUCACUCUUCCUCCUCAAAUCACUAACAAUUCUUCAGAGCACGACGGUCUCCGCAAGGACGGCCAGCCCGACCAGCGCGUUGGCACUGGCGAGUUCGCCCACGGCAAGGUCGACCCUCACAAGGCCGGCGAGGAGGGCGGCAAGACCUCUGGCGAUGGAAGCAGCGGCGGUCUCGGAGCCUCCAGCAGCGAUGGCAGCGACUACAAGCCCACUGAGCACGAUGGACUCCGCAAGGAUGGAAAGCCUGACGGACGUGUCAAGGGCAACUAA